AUGUCGUUGGGAACCCCAGACAGCGACUACACUGGCCAGAUGUUCUACGAACGCUUUCAAACCCUCGACCUCGACAAGGCUGAACUGGAAGUUUUCAAACUUUUUUUUUGGAUUCCAUUGUUCGUUUUGUCGAUCAGGGUCCGGUUCGAAUCGGCGUUUGUCUUUUCUAAGUACCAGUAA